ACAGAUUCGCACAAUGUAUGGAGGGCCGCCAUACUGGUGGGACGAUAUCGGUCACUCUGUUGGCUGAAUUCCCUUCAGUUGGGGGCUUUUGGGCAUCCCAAUGCAGUGCACUCCUGUCGAAAUAAAGGAGAAGUUGCUGAAGGCUCUUGAUGAGGAUAAUAAUGUGGUCGAUAUGGCGGGAGUUUUGGCGGUCAUCACCGUGUUGGAAACAUAUCCAAUCACCCGGGAAGCCUUGGAGCAAACAAGGAUUGGCAGGACUGUCAAUGAACUCAGAAGGAAAACUACUAAUGAUCAAUUGGCCAAACGAGCAAAAAAACUGGUACGGAACUGGCAGAAACUUAUAUCAGCAACUCCACAGUCAGACAAUUGUACUGUUAAUGGUGAUAGAGAUAAUGGAGAAAGGUUAGCUGGAAAACACUCCCAGUUGUCGUCUCUUCAGGGUAGUGAUUCAUCAUCUUGUCCUAACAGUCCAGCAUUCUCUCAGAAAUUAGUGUCUCCUGCACUGACCAGAGUGAAUGCACAAAAUGCAAGUGUUCGAUCUAGUCCUUCACAGUCGCAUACAGUUGGAGUGAAACCAACAACACCAAACUUGCAGCUAUCUCAAAGAAAUAAAAGUAAACCGGGUACACCAAAACUGCCACAGAGCCUGGCAACUUUCAAUAGUAAACCAAAUACUCCUAAUCAGCAAUUACAACAACAGCGAGGCAGAAAUAAACCAAAUACACCUAAUUUGCCUCAGAAUUCCAAGAUGGGACAAUCUCCCAAUCUAAGAACUGAUUCUCCUAAGUAUUGCCUAAACCAAAAAAGUGUCAACUCACCUAAGGUAUCUGUCAACUCGCCUAAAAUACCAGUUAAUUCACCAAAGGUAUCAAUACUUGAAAAUUCAAUUCGUGUAGCAUCUCCUUCAGGCUCUACAGAGUCCAGUCUUGGUAGACCUCUCACACCUUCUGAAUGUGGAAGCACAAGUAGACCACAGACCCCUCAGUCAGUCAGUAAUGGCCCUGAUCAAUCAGGAGGAAGGUUGCCAAGAAACCUAUCUCAUGAAAAUUUGUCAAACUCAUCCACACAUAAUAACAUAACAGAAGAAAGACACCAGAAUAGUUCAAAUCAUUCCAGUGACGUUCCUUUAGUCUCGCAAACGGUUUCUCCAUCAAAGGCUUCUAAGGCUGCAAAGCCAGAUCAAAGCUUGAAUGUAAAAACUAAUGUUGCAAAUAAAAAACGAUCACGAGAAGAUGUUAAUGGGUCUGGGCAGCCUAGUAAAAUUGCACGUAUGCAAAACAGUGAUAAUUGUAGUGGAUCGUAUAAAAAAGCUAUGAAUGGCUCCCUGCAAACUUCAUUAUCGAGCAUUGAUGCAAAUUUAUCAGAUAUAGGGCAUAGUACCUAUGCUUCAACUCCCGAUGGCAAAAGCAGUUUUUCUUAUAAGAGAAAUGUCAAUCUGUCAGUGAAAACUGAAACGACUCCAAAAGUGACAUCUGAAAAGGCAACUUUGUCUGGAAAGACACCUAAGGUGAAAACAACAGCCCAGCUUAUAGCUGAUUUACAAGCAAAGAGUGGCAGCGCAGCAUUGGGAAGUAGUGUUAUCAGAGAGAUAGAGACCAAUCAGAUACAUAAAGAAUCUGAUGUGCCUGAUUCUGUACUUCCUCCUGGAGUGGGCAAAAAACGUCGGCUUAAACCAGACACUUCCACCCCUAUCAGGUCACACCUGACUCUCAGCAGGACAAAGACAGAACUUGUUGAGAAAUUUUUGGAAACAUCUGUUACACCAAAUACAACUGAAGAUCUGAGUCCGUUUAAAUAUGACAUCAAUAAAGCAGAAUCUCCCUAUACACCUGGUAAAUAUGACUCAAGUUUAGAGGUGGAUGUGACUAAUAGCUCAGGCGGAGACACCAGUUUCCGUCCAGCAGAGGUUAAAGCUGUAGAACAUGCUGAUACAGAAAGUAGCAAUAACGUUCCUCUAGUGGAACAUACAAAACCGUUAACUUUGGAGGAGGCAUAUAAUUUGCUUCCACCAAUUGAUUAUGAUAAUGUGUGGACAGAUGAUACACAGGAUGUGUCUGAAUCUAUUCCAAUGGAAAGCGAGUCUGUGAGUGAUCAAGAUGUGCAACGUGUGCUAGGAGAAGAAUGGGCAGGUGUAAAUGGUGUCUAUAACACAUAUGGAAGAUGGUGUGAUUGGACACAAACCAUGUCUAGUUCAUCAUAUAAUGGUGACGUUCUGCAUAUUUUGCCAUAUGUUCUCAUAGAUGAUUAAAUAGUCGGUGAUAUUGUUUUGAAAUCCUGCUGAAAUAAAUGAAGAGACAGUUAAACUUGACAUCAGUUUUAGUGCUUUCAUUUAAAUGCAGGACCUCUCUAUUUCUUAUGUUAAAGUUGUUUUUGCAGUUUUUUUAUUUGUAAUAGUUUAAUAUAUGUCACGUGUUAUAAUAUUUGUGUAAAAUUGUCAAAUUUAAAUUACAAAGAGAGGAUAUCAGAUUUAUUAAAUAAAUCAAAAGCAAAAA